CCGAACCGACAUGUUUUUCGAAAGCUUCAUCUGGCAGCGUCUCGAAAGCUCCUACUCCUCUUAAAGAUGGCGCUUUCUCAAAAGCCGCAGCAGUGCGGGAAAGCAGAGCGCAAGUCUCUGUAAAUGACACAACGAACAAAAGCAGCAGGGCCGAAGGCGAACGUGCCAGAACAACAACUACCGGCACUGUCCGCCCUUCUUCCGCCGUGGUUUCUUGUCCACCUUCAGGCCGGCAGUUGUGUCCAAAACCGCUUUCGCAACAGGAAGUACUUGCAGCGCAUUAUAGUGGCGCAACUCGUCCAUGUCCAUCGCCAUCCACUUGUCAGAGGGAGCAAACGAAGGCGGCGAGCAGCUUGCACCCUUGUUCCGCUCGCAACACCGGUCCGGCACCGAGCGACUGGCGUGGUCCGAGCGCAGUUCAGGAAAAAGCGCUAGAUGAUGAAGUAGGCAAGAAGACAAAAGCUAUGACGACACGAUAUACUUCUGAAAGUACGACGACAGGAGUGACAAGAACAUUACGAGAACCCAGCAAAGUGCGACUGGUGCAACGUUGUCCCGGCGAGAGCACGGCCCGAUUCGAAUUUCACUCGACAACUGAGCCACGACCGAAAAGUAGAUUUGCAGGCAACGCAAAUGACCCCCUGCACGUUGCCAUGCCGGGAGGUACUACAGAUCGAGGGCUGCACCAGCAGCACGCAGCGCCAGAAAGAUCAGCAAGUACUGCGGCCAAGGACAGUACAUGCGAC